AUGAUAUAUAUAUAUUUCUCCUCUCUCUCUUUUAUAUAUAUUUCCUUUUCUCUUUCUAUCUUUUAUAUAUAUAUACCCUUUCUCCUCCUGUCUCUCUUUUAUAUAUAUUUCCUUUUCUCUUUCUAUCUUUUAUAUAUAUAUCCCAUUUUCUCCCUCUCUCUCUUUUAUAUAUACUUUCCUUUUCUCUUUCUACUCUUUUAUAUAUUUAUAUACAUCCUUUCUCCUCCUGUCUCUCUUUUAUACUUGCUUUCCUUUUCUCUUUCUAUCUUUUAUAUAUAUAUCCCUCCCAUUUUCUCUCUCUCUCUAUUUAUAUAUAUAUUUCCUUUUCUCUUUCUACCUUUUAUAUAUAUAUACAUCCCUUUCUCCUCUGUCUCUCUUUUGCAUAUAUAUUUCCUUUUCUCUUUCUAUCUUUUAUAUAUAUAUAUCCUCCCAUUUCUCCCUCUCUCUCUUUUAUACUUACUUUCCUUUUCUCUUUCUAUCUUUUAUGAUAAUACAUCCUUUCUCCUCCUGUCUCUCUUUUGCACUAUAUUUCCUUUCUCUUUCUAUCUUUUAUAUAUAUACUCCCAUUUUCUCCCUCUCUCUCUUUCCACUUACUUUUUCCUUUUUUCUCUUUCUACCUUUUAUAUAUAUAUCUCUUUCUCCUCCUGUCUCUCUCUUUAUAUAUAUAUCCUUUUCUCUUUCUAUCUUUUAUAUAUCUCCCCUCUCUUUUAUAUUUCUCCUCUCUCUCUUUUCUUUCCUUUUUAUCUAUCUAUCUUUUAUGAUAAUAUACAUCCUUUCUCCUCCUGUCUCUCUUUUGCACUUGCUUUCCUUUUCUCUUUCUAUCUUUUAUGA